AUGAAGUUUGGAUGGAUCCGCGCGCCACGUGUGACACAGAUUGCGCAUGAUAUGGACGACGACGGCCCUUUCAUCUUGUCGCUCCCCGUUCGAGUCGUGCACGGAGCGCCAAGCGUGAAGAUCGAGGGAUCCGUGCCACACGCCGUCUCAAUGGCGCGACCAAGCCAACACACGCACCCAUGGGGUGGGUGCUGUGCGUUAGUGGGUGCCGAGCGUGCUCUGCUGCAGCCUCCUCAUCUCUUCGCAUGGUGGCAACCUCCCCUCGCAGCCUCUUUUCCCACCCGCUCCAAGGGGCAGCUUCCAUAUAUACCUCCAGCACGAUUCCGCGAUUGCGCUUCAUCUCAUCCCCACUGCACUCUACGAAGCGUUGCCGAGAUGGUCAAGCUCGCAGCAUGGCUCGCAGGCAGGCCGGUGGCGAUGCAGCUGCUGGUGUGUAUCGUGAUUGGCCUGCGCAUGGUCUCUGCCACCGUCCAGGCGUUCACCUGCAGUCUCCGCCAGACGCCCUCCGUCGCGCAAACACAAGAACCUCACCCACUCAUGACAAACAGCUGGCAGCAACCGCAGUACGGCAAACAAUCACCGAAAGCGCAGGCUCGGGCUGUGAGACACCGGCCACAGCAGGUCGCGGCCGACUUUUCGGAGCAGAACCGAGAUGUCCCCACGGGAGCAUUGCUGCAGCAGCAGGACGAAGCACCGUCCAGCAGUCUUUCCACCGGACUUGCGACAGGUUCAAGCAGUUCGAGUCUCGGACUUCCCAGAAGUAGUGCGGACCCCUCUGGCAGUUCUAGCAGCCUCGAUCCGCAUUCUCUGGACGAAGACGAACUCGGCAGCGUCAAUUCGACUUUGAGCGACUCGCCGCUUCCACUCGCAUCGACAUCAGCUUCACCGGCCUUGGAUCCGCCCGCUACCUCUUCGAAUCUUCCUAUUCCAAACCCUCCUGCUCAACAAAAUGGCGGUGGUCAGACAAACACCACGGCGCCCAAUCCAUCAACAACGAGCUCAAACACCGCCUCGCAGGCUCGUCCGAUUCAAGGGCAGGAGCAGGACGGACGCUCGCGGUCGACGUCGCGUACGCAGGCGAUUGUGGCGGGCGUGACGGUGCCUGUCGGCGUAGUCGCGCUGGGGCUGGUAGCCUUUCUGAUCCUGCACAAGCAGCGGCGGCAAAGAGCGCAGUCGGCUGAAAUACAACGCGGCGAUUCCGACCCCGAGCAGGGCGUUUCCUCAAGCAGUUCACCCGCAGACGCAGCGACUCAGGAGACACUUGGCGAGGCUCACGGUGCGGCUGAGGAGGCAGCCUCCGAGACGUCGACGGUUGUGCCGCAUGUACCGAUCAACGAGCAGAUCGAAGAGCUGGACGAAGAGCAUGCGGACACCGAGAUUGCUGAUGGAGAUGCGGCACAGAGGGGCCGAUCGCAAGCAGGUGUGACAUCGGAAGCAGAAGGCAGCAGGGGCGCUGUGGGUCGGCCAUCACCACCGCAAGGCCGAGCCCGCUCGCUCAAACGCAAGCCUCCGCCGCCACUCACCGCCUCGAUCGACGCAAUGCCCUCCCGACCAACGCUACUUCAACAGGAUCAAAGUCGAGCCCAGUAG